GGCUGAGGAAAGUUGACGUAAGGCAGCCGUGUCCCCCGCCACCACCACAACAAUGAUGGGGUGGACGCCAGACAUGGCCCUCUGCCUCACAUUUAUAGUCUUCCUGUGUAGCGUUAGUGUACUAGCGAGCAGCCAUGACACAACUAAUAUCGCCGGGUCAGUUGUGGAUGGCAUCGACAUGUCUAAAUACCAUCAUUACGAUGAUUUAGUGGAACUCUUGAAGAGUCUGAAAGCUCAACACCCACAUCUUGUAGACUAUUACAGCGUCGGCAAGUCCAGUCAAGGCCGGGAACUGUUGGUAAUCAAGAUCAGUGAGAAUGUACAGGAGCGAGGCGAGACGGAGCCCAUGUUUAAAUACGUGGCCAACAUGCACGGUGACGAGACUGUGGGGCGAGCACUGAUGGUGGCCUUGGCCCGCUACCUGGUGCAGGGGUACGGUGACCACAACCCCAGGGUCACCGCCCUCCUCAACACCACCGAGAUCCACCUCAUGCCCUCCAUGAACCCCGAUGGCUUUGAAAUGGCCAAGGAAGGAAUGUGCGAGGGCUAUUCCAGAUCAGGCCGCGAAAAUGCUAACGACGUUGAUUUAAAUAGAAAUUUUCCUUCACAGUGGAAUUUCCCAUCUGAACGUGAAUUGUAUAGUAAACGUGAACCAGAAACUUUAGCUGUCAUGAGCUGGAUUUUAAAUAAUCCUUUUGUAUUGUCUGGUAAUCUUCAUGGAGGCUCGGUAGUUGCCAGUUAUCCAUUUGAUGAUACAAGCUUUCACAGAGUGUGUUGUUAUGAAAGCAAGACCCCAGAUGAUAAACUGUUUCGGUACCUAGCAACAGUGUAUGCCUCGAACCAUCGCACCAUGCCAAGGGGAAAUCUGUGUCCAGGAGAUAAUUUUCCUGGAGGUAUCACAAACGGUGCCAAUUGGUAUGAUGUUGAAGGAGGAAUGCAAGAUUUUAAUUAUGUUUAUGGAUCGUGUGCUGAAGUAACGUUUGAGUUGUCAUGUUGUAAAUAUCCAUUGGCAUCUAGUCUGCCACUGGAGUGGAUUAACAAUCGAGAGUCGCUAAUGGCUUUCAUGGAGACGGUUCAUAUGGGCGCUAAAGGUGUUGUGAAGGAUGCUGAUACGGGUGAAGCACUGGAAGGUGUGUUGGUGAGUGUAGCGGAGCUGAACUACAACAUAACGACUUCCAAUCGAGGCGAAUAUUGGAGAUUACUCAUGCCAGGAAAUUAUACUCUAGUGGCUAAAGCUGUUGGAUAUGACACGGCAAGGAAGGCAAUUAGCAUUGUUGAAGGCACGGUGUCUCGUGUCGAUCUAAGAAUGAAAAGAAAUACUGAAGUUCAGCAGCAGUUUAAUGAGACUUUAACAAAAGUUCAAGGUGGGGCAUAUGAGAAUCGUAUAGAGAAAAAUGAUCAAAUUGCUCAACAAAGAAAUGUAAGAGAAGAUGGUUUGAAUACCAGGGAAGUUAAAACUGAAAUUAGUUCAAGAACAUUUCCUAGAUCUUCUUCAAAUGUAUCUGAAAGGGCCGAUAUCAAAUCAGAAUUAUCUGUGACUUCUUUCAGCCCAGAGAUAUCUAUGACAUCUAAUUUUCAAAGUAUUGGUUCCAAUGAAGUUACUGGAACUGUAAGGGUUACGGAUACAGUGAAGUUGUCCAGAAGCCCACCGCUGAAUAUUACUAUAGGUAAUGAAUCUGGGGCCAGCAAUGCACCUAUAGUAGUAACCAUCUCAAACAUACAGUCUGAGAAUGCAUCUACAACUCUAGGUCUGUUUAAAAUUAAUCGUGAUGGUCAGCUUGCUAAUUUUAGCGAGUCCAGUACCAGGAAUGUUGACCAGCAUGAAACCAAGAAGGAUGGAACACUUGGAAACAUAAGUAAUGAUCAACCUUCAACAUGGAGCAGUGAUCGUUCCUCAACCAUGCAUUAUACCCUCCCCUUGGCAACAAAUUCUGGCCAGCCAUCAAAUGAAAGUGUUGACUACGACACCUUGACCAGAAAUUCAACGUGGUUUACUGACGGCUCAAAUGGCGUAAGCCUGAUUACUCAAAAUUAUUCAUCUCUUGGUUCCACCACCCCGAAGAACGUUGCCAAUGAGACGGUAGAGAAGAGUUCAAGCACUGUACCACCACCCACAACACAGCAGCUGAAAGGACCAGAAGUGGAAGGAUUUACUUCUGGGCCUGAAUUUUGGUAUCACCAUUACCCAGACCUUGAAGCAUUCAUGCGGAAAUUUGCCAAAAAAUACCCCAACCUUGCACGACUGUAUUCUAUAGGAUCAAGUGUUCAAGGCCGGGAAUUAUAUGUCAUGGAGAUAUCUGAUAAUCCUGGAAUUCAUGAACCUGGUGAGCCCGAGUUUAAAUAUAUUGGAAACAUGCAUGGAAAUGAGGUGAUUGGACGUGAAACAUUGUUGUUGUUGAUUCAGUACCUGCUGGAGGGGUAUGGCACGAAUGAACGUGCCACGAAUAUUGUUAACACCACCAGGAUUCACAUUAUGCCCACCAUGAACCCAGAUGGAUUUGAAGCUGCUAAUGAAGGAGAUUAUGGAGGAGUUAUGGGAAGAAGCAAUGCAAAUGGGAUUGAUCUCAACCGUAACUUCCCAGAUCAGUACUUUUUUACCAAGGAUGAUGAAAGACAGCCAGAAACCCUCGCUGUUAUGAAGUGGGUGAAGCAGUAUCCAUUUGUCUUGUCUGCUAAUCUUCAUGGUGGUUCACUUGUUGCCAACUAUCCGUGGGAUGAUAACCCUCGUAGCCAGGGUGGUGUGUACAGCAAGUGUCCGGAUGAUGACGUCUUCAAGAAAUUGGCCAAGGCAUAUUCAUUUGCUCACCCAAGAAUGCCUAUGGGAAAGGAGUGCAACUCCAAUACAGUAGCUUUCAGAGAUGGCAUUACAAAUGGAGCCAAGUGGUACAGCGUAUCGGGUGGUAUGCAGGAUUGGAACUACCUCAAUUCCAACUGUUUUGAAAUCACUGUUGAAAUGUCUUGCCACAAAUACCCACCAACAAAAGACUUGCCAAAAUACUGGAUGGAAAAUAAAAAGUCUCUUCUGGCAUUCAUGGAGCAGGUACAAACAGGAGUAAAAGGAUUUAUAUUGGAUAAGAGUGGCAACCCAAUCAGCAAUGCAACCGUCAGCGUAGCUGGUAUUGAUCACGAUAUUGUGUCUGCUUCUGACGGUGACUAUUGGAGACUUUUGGCACCUAGCGAAUAUUUGGUCACAGCUUAUGCUAAUGGGUAUGAAGCUAGUAGUGUGAAUGUUGAGGUGCCACACCUGUGGGCUGUUCAAGUCAAUUUUACUCUCAAAGCUGAUGAUUCUUCUACAUGGUCUGCUGAAGACGACUUUGGUGUGGAGGACAACCUCAUGCAGGAUUAUCUUAAUAACUCUGCACUAAAUGCAGCAAUGGCUGAUAUUGAGAACAAGUACAAGGAUGUUGCAGAAUUUCUGGCAAAUGAUAAUGCUUGGAGUAUGAAGGUGCAUGCUCUUCGAAUGGGGACUGAGAAUGAGAGAGGCAUUGAUAACCGUGUGCGUGUGCUGAUAUUUGGAGGCCUGUAUGGAGCUCAGCCUGUAGGACGGGAAUUGGUCAUUCGAUUAGCAAGACACCUUGGUGCUGGUUGGGCAAAGAAAAAUAGAGAAAUACAGAAACUUCUGCAAGAAACACAGAUUUUCUUAGUACCAGCUGUUGAUACUAAUGGCUUCGAUAGAGCCGAGCCAGGCAUGUGUGGCUACAGUAGAAAAAGUGAGCUUGAUAAUGAAGUUGGAGGAAUGUUCGCACCAGAAAUUGUUGAUGAGUAUGCCGAGGCAACAGUGAACAUGCUGAGCCAGAUCAAGCCUCAUGCAGUACUGUCUCUUGAGUCGGGUGGUAUCUUCAUGAGGUUUCCUCAUGAUGAUCCAUCAGCUAACUCUACUACUCCAGAUGAGGCGGUCUUCCAGUUUUUGACAGAAGCAUAUGCGAAGGCACAUCCUACUAUGCUGCAGAGUGAAAAUCCAUGCCUGGUUUUAAACAGACAAGCUCCUUCAGGCAUCCUUCAUGGACAGGCUCUUGGUGUAUACAAGAAUUCUCUUUUGGAGUAUACUUACAAAAAUCUUCAGGGUACAUUGACGGUUGCUGCUCAUGUAAGCUGUUGUAAUUACCCCGCUGCAAGAGAACUGCCCACCCUCUGGAGACAAAAUAAAGAUUCUCUUCUGUCUUUCAUACAUGCUGCUCACCAAGGUGUGGCAGGGCAGGUGGUAGAUGAGGAGGGCCACCCAGUACUGUCAGCCACGGUGCAGGUGGAUGGUAAUGUACUGAAGCUAAAUGAUCAGGCCACCUUUAGGAAGCUGCUUCCUACUGGCUCUCACAGCCUUAAGGUAACAUCCAGUGACCUGGAAAAUAAGACAUUGAAUUUCUUAGUUGAAGCCCACAAGGAAAUGCCAGCAAGUGUAACAUUAGAUUCACUGAAAGACUCUAAUAUUUUGUACCAUUCCUAUUAUGGAACUGAAGACAAGCUUCGUAAACUCAAUUCCAACUACUCAAAAAUAUCAAAUCUGUACAGCAUUGGACGCAGUGCCCAGAGUCGGCAAAUUCUAGCUAUAGAAAUAGAUGUAGAUUCAGAAGCAAAGCAGCCAAAUCUGCCAACAGUUGCUGUGAUUGGAGGCCUUGGAGAAAGUGACAGAGGUGGCAAGGAGUUGGUUCUGGAAUUAACAAAAUACUUGCUCUCGCGUUAUGGUCACGAUGCAACAGUCAAUAAAAUCUUACAAAAUGCUAAAGUUCACUUGGUGCCAACCUUGAACUCGGACGCUACUGCAGACAUUCCAAAAUCUCCAGGACAAGAGGGAGGAGUUGAAUGUCAUACCAAAAUAAAUACCAAAAACAGCAAUGGCAUUGAGCUUGAUUCAAAUUUCAUUGUGAAAGAUCCGGAAAUAGAAGACACCUCUCCACCUGAGGUCUCUGCAGUUCGUGAAUGGAUGGCUGAUCACAAGUUCACCUUAGCUCUGAUACUCAGGGGAGGUGCUCAGGGUGUAGCUGUGCCUUUUUCUGCUUCUCAUGACUCGUCAUUCCUCUCUCCUGAUGCUGAGAUACUGCAGCGACUCGGAGCCAUUUACUCUGCUGCUGCUGGGCUUCCUCAGGAAGCAUCCAUGUGUGGGAACGUGAAGUUAGUUAACGGCACAACUCAUGAUGGAGUGAUAAACCCACAUUCAGGAAGUCUCAUAGACUGUUUUUAUGAACACAGUGAUACUCUUGCCUUUAAUGUGUAUUAUGGAUGCUGUGGAAGCCCAAAAGAAAAGGUUCUUGGUCAUUUAUGGAAACAGCAUAAGUCUGGGCUUUUGAAGUUCCUCACACUUUCAAGUGUUGGUGCUAUGGGCUAUGUCACAGACCAGAGCAAUGCACCUUUACCCGGUGCCAAGAUUAUUGUUAAAGGGUCAGGACACACAGUAACUUCGUUGGAUCACGGAGCCUGGUGGCGUCCCCUACCCCAAGGCUCUCAUACACUUACAGUGCAACUUGAGGGCUAUUAUGAGCAGACCAAACUUGUGCAAGUUAUGGGAGGUGACACGGUCAUCUUUAAGCUUAAGAGGGAUGAUCGUGUAAUGGGGCUUCCCAGGAUGGUUUUCAUUAUUCUGGCCGGUUCAAUAUCUCUACUGCUUAUGAUUUGCUGCCUCUGUAUUGCAACUGUUCGUUCACAGCAACAUCGGAGAAAAGUAUACGGCUUUCACCAGCUUAGUCAUUCUGUUGAUAUAUUCAAUGACUCUCCUUCAGCAUCUGAAGAUGAAACAUCUAUGAAUUUUAUUAAUGGUAGCACCAAAAACAAAGUUAAAAAAAAGCGAGUCAGCAGUCGAUCAUACCAUGACCUGGUGUCCAGUUCAUCUGAUGAAGAUGAGCUCUUUAUUAAGGGCUCGGCCCCAAAGAAAAAGGCUCAGCGGUGAUUUCCCGAGUAUUUCUUUUAAGUAAAUUUGUUUAGUUUGAGAAUGUACUUUAUGUUGAUGCAAGUCGUGUAAAGAGGCGUGUGUAUAUAUCAUAGUGUAUCAGUAAUGAGCAUUUUUAAAUAAUGACAUAUUUUUGCUCUGGGAGAGUUGUGAUAAUUUCUUGAUUUUAUGCUGCGUAGAAUUUUUAGUAGGGUGUACAGGUUGUAAAAUUCUUUCACAAUUAAUAUUUUCAGAAAAUUACAUACAGGGCUGUGUGCAUGCAUUCACAUGCAUAGACUUAGUAGCUUUUCUCUCUAAAAUGUAGUAAUAUUCGUUUGAAUAUCUGCAGUAUAGUUUUCAGCACUUAAGACUGUCUGUUUAUUAACAGUAUUUUAAUGAUUUUUAUUUGUAUUCAGGAUAUUUCUGAACUCUAGGUAUGUAUUGUAUGUUUAUUCAAUGAUUGGUAGAACCUUCACAGGUGCAUUACUGUGCCUUCAUUUCAUUUUAGAGAAAGCAUGCAUCAGACUGAAAAUGAUAAAACUUACGGAUGUAAGACAUGGUGACAAUGAAGAGAGUCCUCGGUUUGUAAACAACAGUGCCUUAUUGGUAAAGUUAGCAUAUUACGUAAACCAUAGGAUUUAUCUUUAGGCAAACAACUCACAUGUUUGUAAAUUAAGAGAAAAUACUUUUAAAUGUUAGUAAUUGCUAAUGAGAGUACUGUAAUAUAUGCAGCAAAAAAAACAUUGGGACUAAAUGUGUGUUUUUUCCACAAGCCGAAAUAUUAUUUGAGCAUGAUUGCUGGUGUCCAGUUGACUUUUCUAUUUUUGUGUGCACUAUUUUGCCCUUAACCCUUUGGGAAUGUCAUAGAUAUCACAGAAGACAAACUUUUGACGAUUUUGUCAAGAAUCAAAAGUGAAGUUGAAGCCAAAUGAAGUAACUAACAUGCAAAGAAAUACCACAUGCAUGACCUCUUUGGGUGUAACAGUGUAUUUGCAGAUUAAAAUUGUUUGAAGAAUAGCUUUUCUGGUAACUAUUUGUCAAUACAAGAUUACCUCACAGUUGCCACAUUAUAUUAUCUCAUAACAAUAUUCCGGUAAUGCAUAUGGACUUAAUUUUUUCAUUUGGUUAUGAAUAAGUAAAUAGAAUAUAAGAAUAUAAGCUGAAAACCACAAUAGUCAGUGAUUUAGAUAUAAACAUAUAGACUGCAAUUUUAUGUCCAAAUUUAAGUUCAUGUAUUUUAUACCUCAUAAAUGUCUUCCUUGUUUAUGUAUGAACUUUGACAAUUUUUUUUUAUUAUUAAAGUGACAUAAUAUACUUUUGAUCUAUGGAAGGGUAAUGAAUGGGUAUUAGUGACCGUUGCCCAACUUUGUUCCUGUCAUUUAGUUAACCCAAGUGCCAAUAGGUCAGCGUUCCACAUUUCUAAAGAUAAAGAUUCCAAUUUGGACAAGCAAACUGUGUCUAAUUGGUACAUUCAACUCCUAUUUUCCACAGUGAGGCAGCUUUAGCAGUUGUAUGUUAUCACUAAACUGAUUGGUAAAUAAAUAUAUUUUGAAAGGUUAACAAUGUUAAGUCAAUUAAUGUAAAAUAACUUAAGAGUUAAUCAGUGUUGCUAUAUCGUGUGUGUGUCAUGUGUGUGCUUUUGAUAAUGUGAAAAGCAAAUGUGCUUGGCAUCUUCAUAAAUCCAGCCAUACUGCUUGGCAUCUCGUUCCAUCCAAUCAAACAUCUUAGAAUCUCAGUACAUCCAGCAACACCACUUAAAAAUCUCAGUUAAAAAUACACAUUAGCAUAUCUCACUGUCAGACUCUUAUGCCUUCUAAGUUGGCCUUAGAUAAAAAAAAAAAGUGUUCCAUGAAAACUAUAAACUUGUUCUUAAAGUUUUCUAUAGACUAAAUAGUAUAGUGAUUGAUGUUUUUACAAGUUUACAUUCGUUGGCAUGCUGUAUACAGUACCAUCUUAAAAAAUACGUAGUACAGUUGUAUUUGUUCUCGACUUACAAUCGGGGAUCUUGGGUCAAUUCUCGGGCAAGACAGAAGUAGUUGGGCAAGUUUCCUUUCACAUUAUGUCUCUGUUCACCUAGCAGUAAGUAGGUACCCAAAAGUUAGGUAACUGUUUUAGGGUUGCAUCCUUGGAAGGGUUAGUAGUUCGACCUUGGGAGGAUUUCAGUACAGGUGUAAAGUAUGACCUAAAGUACUGUAUAUAUAUACAGUACAAAGGCUUCCUGUCCCCCUUACAAAAUUAAUUAUAUUGUUCCAAACCCGAUACAAUUAAAAGAAAAAAUUCCACUUUACUGUCACCAAAUUUUUGACAUUUUUCAUGUAAAAAUUAAAAAUAAAAAUGAACCAUAACAUUUUGUUUUAAAAGUGCUCAAUAGGUUUUCCAAGACAGCAAUUUUUUCUCCUAAUCCUGCAUUCAACUAUGAAAAUUGUGGAAAAUACAAUUGGGCCCAUAUUAAACAAGUUACCAUUCACAUCCUCUCUUCCCCCUCCCCCCUCCCCACUCUUGAGUAAAUUUCAUUAAGCACAAUUUUAAAUUCAACGUAUCAUAUCAUGAACAACUACCAAGAGCUCUGCAAAAUUUCUAUCUCUUGUAAUUAUCAGAUUUUGGUUUUAGAGACAUUUAAAUAUACAGGACAUGCAGUAGACUUAUAUUUGCACAACAAGAUUUAUUGUAGUCUUUAUAUGCAGAUUAAAAAGCAGAUAAUUUGUGACUGACUCUGUUUUAUGUCAGGUUUACGUGCUGGAGUGAUUUACUGGUACAACUGAAAUAAAGCAUGGUAGAAAACCUUUAGUGUAAUUUCAGACAAUAAUAAUAAUAAUACAGAAUCAUCCCAAAACUAACUUUUCUAAUAAACACAACAUUUAUCUCUGAAUUAAAAUAGAAUCUACUGGAAUAUUUGUUAGUUUUUAAAUUGUAAUUAUAUGUACAUAUCUCCUGAGUUUAGAUGGGGAUCUUCAAUAAAUCUAAAUUUCUGUAAUUAAUUUAGAUUGUAAGCAGACGAUGAGUCACAAUAACGUGACUGAAGACAUGAUGACCAAACCACACAUCAGAAAAUGGAGAAAUGACAAUGUUUCAGUCCAUCCUGGACCAUAUCAAAUCAUGAGAUUGAAAAGAGGAGAGGAACCCAUGCCUAUCCUUAGUUUGUAAGGAUGGGCAUGGGCUAAUAUCUGCCCAUAUAUGAUAUAAAUGCUUAUUCAUUUCAGCUAUUAUCAUUCACAGUGUCUUAUAAAAAUGAACAUACUACUGUAUAGAGGUUAUCAUUUAUAGAUAUAUAUUUUGUCUACUUAAGAGUUUAUAGUGGGUAGAGAGUACUAGUGUGGUGUGACAGAUAACCAACUAUAAUUGGUUAUCAAUGAUAUAAGAAUUAUAAUUGGUGUAGCAUAGAUAGCCAACAAGUAGAAUACCUUGUAUUAUACGCAUGGAAAUAUUAGCCUGAAUUCAAGCACCUUCAUUCAUUAGGGUUUUUGGCAUUUUAGUCACAUUAAAAUAGCCUUUUACUGUUACUCUUCGUUGGUUUAUAAUUUUAGAAUAUUUAAAGGCAAUAUUUCUGUGAUAAACAACCGAAGAUGUAAAUGCAGGCUGGUAACUUUGCCACUGACAAGAUAUAUUCAACUGACAUUUUGCCAUUUUUUGUUUCUAAUAAAAAAAUUUAAAUUACAUGAUUCUGUACGAAUUUCUCAUCUCUGGUAAAUUCAGAUAACAUUUUGCUACACUGUACUCGGCAGUUGAAUUUUGUCUUCUUUAUUUUUGUACUAGGAACAAGUUUGAAUUACAUCAUGUGUUAAAACUAAUCAUCGUUCUGUGUUUUGUAUAAAUGCAUAAAUAUAUAUUAAACAAAA